AUGUUCAGUCACUCCACCCCACAUGUCUUCCACUUCUACCACAACCCAGAGGGAGAGACCAUGAUCAGGGACAAGGCGUACCACACCCAAGGCAACUGGUCAAGCCCUUACCAGCUCCUCACUUCAGUUCCUCAAGGCUCACAGCAGCCCAAUGGCAACCUUGUGUGGCAGAUCCAUGGCUUGCUGGCUGUGGUGGGUGUGAGCCUGUAUAAGGCCAUGUGGAUCCAUGGCAGUCUCAAUGUCAAGGUGGACCAGGCAUUGAGGUGGGUCAACCCAGACAACUGGGAGCUGGAAGACAAGGCUUUGGCCACCAUCUGUGUGGAGCUGGGCUGCUGGGAGGUGGGCUGCUUUGCUGAUCACCUGAAUGCAAAGGCCACCUGUUUCUUGUAG